GCAAAUCUAGAUAUUAAUCCACCCAAUUGUGGACCACAAGGCUCUCUCCGCACCAGGUCCCUUCUAGUAUCAAAUUCCCGUUGUAUCAUGACCAGUCGGUUGGAGCUUCCCUCAUGUCGAUCACUUAUCGUAUUCUCCCCCUCCUGUCGGGUGGAUCGUAUACUACUUAUCGUUCUAGAGUAUCUUCAUGCAUUUGCCCGGAUAUGGAAUCGUAGACCUCGGGACAUAUCGUGCGGAAGGGAACAUGGCGUAUGUCGAGCCGGAUAAUCUACUACAUCGCCUAGACCUAUCGUAAGUAGCCGGUAAAGCUUCAUUAGAUAGCUCGGCAAGCUCGUCCAAUGAUUGGAGCUCUGGGAUACGAUGAACGGGAUAUUGGGUGCACUUCCCCUCAGAGGAAGUCUACAAAAUUCGCCGCUGCGGUUGUAUUUAAGGAGCUAUGCGUCCCCCAGGAAGGAGGCGUGUUCACAGCUGUUGAACGAACUACAAACCCAACAUGGCUCCCACUGACGACAUCCUGACUGAUGUCCCGGGAACCGUUUACUUGGUUGACACAUCCGGGAACUUGGCAGAUGCCGCGCAUGCGAAUGAUAUUCUUCUGAUCCCCCAGCCAUCAUGCUCCGCAGCUGAUCCUCUGAACUGGCCCAAGUACAAAAAAUACUGGACCUUAUGCCUGAUCUCCGCCUAUGCAUGCGUGAACUCCUUUGGCGAGAAUAACUGGGGUGCAUCAUGGACAACUAUAUCCGAUGAGACCGGUGUUAGUCUCGAAAACAUGAACGGCGGCUCCGCCCUCAAUUAUCUCAUGCUUGGCUUCUUCAACAUCAUCUGGAUUCCGACGGCCAUGAAGUUCGGACGAAAGAUCGUCUACAUCCUGAGUUUGAUAUUUGUCGGCGCGAGUGGUAUCUGGGGUGCCUUUUAUGUUGGAACGGGCCAAUAUUAUGUUAUGACGACUAUUAGUGGAAUGGGCACAGCAGCAUACCAAGCCCUAAUUCAGCUUACGAUUUUCGAUACGUUCUUUGCCCACGAACGAGGUCGAAUGAUCGCGAUUUACAUUUUCUUCCAGCAGCUGGGGUCCAUUCUCGGGCUCAUACUGGGAGGAUAUAUAUCCGAUGGUAUUGGAUGGAGAUGGAGUAUGCCCAUUGUUGCAAUUGCCUGUGGAGUCCUCAUCUUGUUGUUCAUCUUUACCUUCGAUGACACCAUGUUCCCGCGCUACCGCUUCUCAGAAAGAACACCAUCAGAAACCUUGAAAGGUGAACAGAGCUAUGAAGCUUCACCUGAAACGCAAUCCGAGAAGCAUCAGAAAGAGGAGCCCCAUAUGUCAGUUGCCCCGAGCAAUGGCGCGGGUGAAGUGGACAUGCCACCACGGACAUAUAUCCAGAAAAUUGCUCUCGUGCAUUACUUUAAAGACGACCGGACAACAUGGUUCCAGUAUUUCCGACGACCGUUUUAUCUCUUCGCGUUUCCGAAUAUCGUCCUAGCUGGUAUACAAUUCGCGUUCGGAUGCACAGCAGGAAUCGUCUCAUUCAACACCAUUUCCGAAAUCAUGACAGAAGCUCCAUACAACUGGAGUAACGGUUCAACCGGCCUAUUGUUCCUCUCUGCUCUCAUCGGCAGUUUCUUUGGGAUGGGCAUCGGAUCCCUAUCGGAUUGGCUCGUCCUCUUCCUAGCCCGUCGCAACAAGGGUUACAAAGAGCCAGAAAUGCGACUCUGGGCAUACGUAUUUCCACUAAUAUUCGCAGCCUUGGGUUACUUCAUCUACGGCUGGGGUGCUACAGCAGGGGCACAUUGGAUGACCAUCGCCGUUGGUUUGUGUUGCAUGAUAGCUCAACAAGUCUCAGCAACCAGUAUUGCAACAGCUUACGCCAUGGAAUGUUUCGACAAGAUUUCUGGUGAACUGGUGAUCGUACUCGCCAUAUGCUCGUCUGUUAUCAACUUCGCCAUCUCGUUCACCGUACAACAUUUCAUCAAUGCCACGAAUUAUGGCUGGGCCUUUACCUUUUAUGGUAUAUGUGUGGUCCUUUCUAUGGCGAUGGGUGUGCCUAUGCUUAUCUGGGGAAAGAGCUGGCGCCGACGGGGCAAGGGGCGUUAUGAGAAGUUUCUGGCUGAGACGGGUCGUCAAUCUUGAUAUAUAUCGUGCCAGAGUACAUGGGCUGUUUGUUAUCUUCUUGUUAUCUGGUCUUGGCGUUUGUUUAAGGGUACGUGAAGGCUGUUGAACGUCCACCGGUGCCUGGAAGAUACCAGAUAUUCGUACUUUCCAUUGAUCAUUAUUUUAUUGCUCCGUUAUUAGAUCUCAGAAGUUUCCUAGUUUAUGUUAACUGUUGGAUAUGACCCGCUAAGCGAACAACAUCCGCAUAUCAAAACU